AUGAGAUGGAGACUAGGACUGUUACAAGAUGCUGCCGCUGUGGAGCGACAAGUAGCCAAAGAAGCUGCUGCGGAGGCUGCCAAAAAACAUAAACACAAUAUUCCUACAGUCAAGACAGAGGCGCAGAUGAAAGCAGAAGAGGAGGCAGCCGCCAAAGCUGCUAAAGAGGCCUCCGAGCCCGCCAAACCACGGCCUCGUCCCAAAAUUAGGCCGCUGUCCGAAGCCAAAGCCAUUGAAUCUGGUGCCACUUUCAUCAGUGAAACCUUUCUGUUCAGUGUGGCGGCCGGCCUUUUAUUGUUCGAAUCCUGGCGUUCGCGGCGGAAGGACGCAAGCAGACGAGAUGAUGUUGCGGAGAGAUUGAAUGAGUUAGAGGAGUCGGAGCAGGCUGCUCGCAGGGCCCUGGUCGAGCUUGAGCGAGAAGUGUUACGUCUACGAGCCAAAGAAAACAACACCAAGACCAAGGGUGUAAGGAUUCUACCGCCGGAAAUUUAUGAGGAGAAGGAGGAGGAAAAGGAGGAGCCUACAGGGAUUUUUGCUCGUAUAAAAGCCUGGGUCUCUUCAGAGCAAGCGGACAGUGAAGCAAAAGAUGCACUGGCAACGAACAAGCCAGGGCCUGCAGAGACAAUAUUGGUUGAGUCUGAUAAAGUGUUGGUGGAAAAGCGAAAGCAGGCAGCAGAGGUGGUGGCAAGUGCCAAUGAACAAGCUACCAAACGGUAA